CAAGCACACACACACACACACACACACACACACCACAGAAUCUUAUCACACACACAGACACACACACACACACACAUACAGUUCAUCAGAGCCACACAGGCAGACACCUCUUACUCCUACAGGAAUGGCAGAGGCGUUACCGGAGGAGGCGCGGGUGUCGGAGGUGCAGAGGGGCGUGGAGGAGGUAGAGGAACAUGCAGAGGCGCCCUAUGAAGAGGCCCUAACGUGUUCUGUGUGUCUGAAACAAUAUGAUUCAGAAUUUAGAAGACCAUUGAUGCUUCCUGCUUGUGGUCACACCUUCUGCAGGAGCUGUGUGAAGGGCCUGGCUUGUGAGGGGGUUGGUGUUGUGUGCCCCUGCUGCAGACGUGAAUACAAAGACACAGAUGUUGAUAGCUUCCCAAUCAACUUUAGCGUCGAAAUUUUGGCUUCCAGUACCAAAAAUCAACAGAAAAUGAAGCCAGUGCCGGUGAAUGAAUGCCAGGAACACGGGGUCCGCUACGCCUUCUGGUGCCGCUUCUGCGAGGUACCAGCCUGCGGGGAGUGCCUCUUUGACGGCCACCCGCGCCCCAGCCACGCCAUCUGCAGGAUAACUGACGUGGUGAAGGAGAUAAAGUCACGGGCGGAAGAACUGGUAGAGCAAAGCAGCGAGGAGACAGUGGGAUUCCUGGGGGACCUCCUUAACCGCGUUGUUCGGGGCAUAUCAGAUCUACAGGAAGCUGGGCAUAUCCUGCAGGAGGUUGGGCGCCUGAAGAGGACUGCGCAGGAUAGCAAGACCCUCUCCUCCAUCACUAAGGCCUUUGAAAGUGCCAAGGGCGUGAGGCAGCGUGUCCAAGCCCUCAGGAACUGUGAAGAGCCUCAUGAUUCUAUAAGGAUUGGGGACAGACCUGUGGUGGUGGCCCUCAGCGAGACAGGAGGCCUAGCUAAGGUGAAGGUGGAGGAGAGAGGCAUCCAUAUUUACAGUUUGAGGUCAUCUUCUACAGCUUACACGGUGGCUGUUAAGAUGUCGGUCCUCCUUGGGUGCGUCAAGAAGGACCACCCCCUAGUCUUCCUGGACCUGAGGGCGGGGGAUAGACCACUUGGGAGGGUCUACAUUGAACUCUGGGGACACAUGAAGCGGGCACAACAGUUCAUGGCCCUCUGCUUGGGGACUUAUGGGCCAUCCUAUAGAGAUACAAGAUUCGACGGGGUGAGCAGCCGUGGGGAGGCGGGAGAAUACGUGAGAGGGGGUGACUACAGCGGGAGGCAGGGGCUGGGGGGGAGGCACUGAUGGACAACCUUGAGUGGGGAGGAACGUGGGCAAAGAAAAUGGAAGCCGGGCAGGUGUGUGGCGUAGGAGGGGAAGAGGAAAGAAAAUUUGGGGCCCUUUUUGCAAUCUGCCUUCGUGAUAACCCUGACAGUUUCUUCAGGGCGCCCUUCGGAGUGGUAACAAGUGGUCUAGAGGUAGUUGAGAUAGCGUGCAGGCAUAAACCCUUUCAUGUAGUCAGGGUGUCUGAGUGUGGCGUGUGUGUGGGUGUUUGAAUGUGUGUGUGUGUGUGUGUGUGUGUGUGUGUGUGUGUGUGUGUGUGUGUGUGUGUGUGUGUGUGUGUGUUAGCUAAGGCUGGGAAGAUACGGUGAUUAAUUGUGCUGAUUGUGUGUGUGUGUGUGUGUGUGUGUGUGUGUUAGAUAGAA